UCAUGGAGACGAAAGGCGGCCGGGGGGUGGUGGAGUCGCUGUAUGACGCUUUGUCGAGAGGGGACGCGGCGGCGGCGGAGGCCGCGAUGGCGGAGGACGUGGAGUGGUGGUUCCACGGGCCGCGGCGGUGCCAGUACAUGCGGCGGGUGCUGACGGGGGAGGCGGACGAGCGGGGUGGGUUCCGCUUCCGGCCGCGGAGAGUGACGGCGGUAGGAGGGCCGUGGGUGGUGGCGGAGGGGUGGGAAGGGAAGCACGCCUAUUGGGUCCACGCGUGGGCCGUCGAGCAUGGCGUCAUCACGCUCUUCAGGGAGUACUUCAACACUUCCCUGACGGUGAUCAGCCACGGCCAGCUUCGUGGUGGUGGCGCUGCGUCUUCGACGUCGGCGGUGGGGCAGAUGGGGGCCGGCGGUGGGGCAUUGUGGCAGAGCGAGGCCCCUGAGCGGGAGGGCCGCCGGUCUCUCCCUGGGCUUUUACUGGCCAUUUAAUUAAUCACUUAGAAUAUUGGUAAUCUUAUAUAUAUUUAUAUUUAUAUUUAUAUUAACGCGUGUUGCACGCUUGCACU